AUGAACCUCUAUGUCCAAUCUCUCAGAGAGCUCAAUGAGCGUCUUUCUCAACCUGGGCACUCGUCUCCAGGCCACACUGUGCUCUCAAUCACGAUCCUCACUAUUUGCGAGUAUCUAACUGCAACAAGCGGCACUGCCUGGAUCCAACAUAUGCUGGGUCUGACCGAGUUCUUCCGGCUUCAUGGCUUCGAGAUUUUUAAAGAGCCAUACGUCAUGUGGGCAUUCCAAACCGAUCGGUUUUCUAUGAUUAUCGCAGCCAUCGCCGCCCGAUGUCCGACAUGUCUCGCCUCAGCAGAGUGGAAGAACGCCCCCUGGUCAGUUUCUCAAUCACCAAAGGCCCCUGUAGAGUAUCUGAUCGAUCUCGCUUCUGAGCUUCCUGACUUGUACCUGAAUUUCAUUCGCUAUCUGAAAACAAGAGAUUCAUCCGCAAAGGCAAAACUGAACCUUACCCUCGAGACAGAUUUUGCGGCCCUUCUCCAACGUCUGCGGGAUUGGAACAUCAAGUGGCAGCGUGAGCUUAAGCCACAAGCCGAGGAGGUCCCUUUGUCACGGUUGGAACAGCAAAGAUUUGGAUUUGCUUCCAAGUUGGUCUUCGACAACAUACCUAAUAUCGGCUACACGUUCAUCUUGUACAACACCACGGUGAUUAUUCUUUUGGAACUCUGGAAGACGCUCCGGAAGGCACAAAUAAGACCAUCCACAAGCCCUAACGCCAUUUCCGAAGGUGACAUCAGGCGGCUACCUGAUCUUUCUACCAACGAAAUAACCCGACACUUGAACGGCGGGCCCGCUGGAAUCUCCAGCUCUUCUCUGGUAUAUCAAGCUCGCGAAGCGGCUCUUGAUAUCUGUCGAACGAUACCUCUCUAUCUGACGCCAUCAGAUACCCGGGCCCAUGCCAUUCAACUGGUCAUCCCCAUCCGCAUGGCACUCAUUGUGUUUCGUCAGAAUGGUGGCUGCCCGCAAGCAGCCUGGCUGGAAGAUUGUGUGCAGCAGAUCGGCAGGUCGCAGCGAGGGUGGGAGAUCGGAAGGUACGCCAUGCAGGAAUACGGAUAUGGUUGA